AGACGUAAUGGUUUGAUUCCCUGUGCACUUGCAAUGGUCGUCGCUCGGACGUUAUUCGUCAGAUUCCUCUAACGGGAGGAGAGAUGAAGGCGGGGGCCUCGUCCAUGUGGGCGUCAUGCUGCGGGCUGCUGAACGAGGUGAUGGGCACGGGGACGGUGCGAGCGCAGCAGCCGGGCUUCGGAGCUGGAGCGGGGCCCUUCCGCUUCGCCCCAAGCACAGGGUACUCCACCUACCCCCCCACCAGCUCAGGGAGUGCCGGGCAGCUGUGCAAAGCUUGCGGACUGGCCUUUUCUGUCUUCAGACGCAAGCACAUCUGCUGUGACUGUAAGAAGAGUUUCUGCGCUCUUUGCUCCGUGCUGCAAGAAAACCUGCGCUGCUGCACGACCUGCCACCUGCUGCGGGGCACGGCCUUCCAGCGGCCUCGCCUCAUGCGGCUCCGAGUCAAGGACCUGCGCCAGUACCUGCUGCUGCGCAACAUCCCCACAGACAUGUGCAGGGAGAAGGAGGACCUGGUGGACCUGGUGCUCUGCCAUCAGGGGGCACGGGAGACCUCGACGCCUGUGAUGGAGGAGGAUGAGGACGAAGAGGAAGAGGAGGAGGAGGAGAAAGAGGAUGAAGAUGAAGACGACGACACAGACAGUCUGCACUCGCUCCCCCACUCGCGUGCAGCGUCUCCCCCGUCGGCGACGCGCUCCACCUCUGAGCAGUCGGUCCUGUCCGCCUCUCAGGGAGACGCGCUCAGUGACAGUUCAGGGACCACCAGCCAGGAGCACGAGGAUACCCCAACAGCGUCUCUUUUGAACCUGGAGCCCGCUGAAAGCAUCUUAGAGGUCAGCCCAGCAACGCAGAGGAGGAUCAGGGCCUCGCUGUCUGAUCUCGACAAUGAAGAGGCGAUAGAGAACCUCUCCGUCCGACAGCUUAAAGAGAUUCUCGCCAGGAACUUUGUCAAUUACUCCGGCUGCUGCGAGAAGUGGGAGCUGCUGGAGCGCGUGCAUCGACUCUACAGGGAAAACGAACAGAACAGGAAAUCCAUGGAAAAUGUGAGCAUAACUGCAGUGGUCGCAUAUCCUCCAUCUCUUUGCAACAGUCGAGUUGGAGAUGGCGUCAAAGCUCAGCUGGUGGGGGACGAAAACCUCUGCCGCAUCUGCAUGGAUGCCAUCAUCGACUGCGUGCUGCUGGAAUGUGGUCACAUGGUCACCUGCACCAAAUGUGGGAAGCGGAUGAGCGAGUGUCCCAUCUGCAGGCAGUACGUGGUGCGGGCCGUGCAUGUCUUCAAGUCCUAAAAUGGCAGCCCUCGGGCGUGCGCAUGGCCCCCCCUCAGUGUCCCUCUGAGGACGAACUGCUGUGCAUGACGUCUCGCCGGGCCCCAUGC